AUGUCGCGCGUCGUCGAGAUCGCGAUCGCCUUCUUCUUCAUCUCCCACAUCCCUAUCACGAUAUUUGUCGACUCCCAAGCAGUUUUUAGCGGCGAGCUGUACCAUGCAAAGAUUCGAGAAACUACAGAGUGGUACUUGAGAACCUAUGGCGAUCCACUGAUGACGCCGCCGUACAAGCCCUGGUUCCUGUCGCUUGUGUACUCUGAGGUCUUCCUGCAGCUGCCCUUCUUUUUCGUUGGGGCCUAUGCAUUCUUGGCACGCCGGAACUGGGUACGCAUACCGGCGCUCAUGUAUGCGAGCUUUGUGACAGCCACCAUGCUCCCCAUAUUCUUCGAGCUCUGGUUUCACAAGGCGCCUGGGUACAAGCCAGCCAUGGUUUCUGCUUUCUACGCACCCUACCUUCUCUUCCCGCUCCUGAUCAUUGCCAGGACGGCGUUCUCUGCAUACCCCUUCAAGCAGCCAGCCCUGUCCGAUGCUUGGAACAACAAGCAGAAGUGGGUGUAA